CUAAUCUAUCUGGACUAUCUAUCUACUAUCUGGUUCAUCUGGUCAAAUGUUCCGGAGGAAACUCGUGCCAAGGGAUGCCCAGCCAGGAUUUCCUCUGAGGCCAUUCCGUCUUCCUCCGCUCCUUCCCCCCCAAAUUUCACUUUCCCACAAACACAAUCAACUUCUUCAUUUUCCAUCCUCUCCUUCCCAAUUGUCUGUCUAUCCCCCCACCCCCAUCCAGUUGGUUGAAUGGGUUCAGUUUUUGCCCUCACCGGUGACCUCAAUUUAUGCUGUAUAUGGGCCGGUUUUUUACAUUGUUGCCAUCCAUGGGUCACCCGCAUGGAUCAGGGCCCACAUCCGAUCCCCCCCUCUCCAUUACAUUCUUUGGGUUGCGGUCGACUUUAGUUCUCUGACUGUCCACUCCCGAACCCCCCAAGAAAUCUCCCGCAGUCUUAAUAGUAUUGGCAAAAACCUUCCUGCUCGCUUCCUCUCCCAUAUUCUGGGCAUUUUAUAGCCACCACUACUUGGCAGCGGAGAUGCCAUGGUGCGCUGUCGAUCCUCCUCUUGGCCAUCGCUCAUCUGGGGAGCGAAACAGGUUGGAGAAAUCAGCGCACGUUGAAGAUUCCUGGAUGCGCACUACAAUGCGUUUGCCUGCUUGAUUGGCCCGGAUGGUGUCCAUCGAGUUCCACUUUCCCAGCUCCAACCUUGUCUUUGGGACUGCCUCCCGACUGAGUAAGUGUACUAUCUCUGGUCCUCCUGCUACUGCUACUGCUGCUGC